CUCGUCGGGCGAGCGUCGUUACGACGUCGGUCGAUAAUGUCAUCUCGUGAUCGACGAGCAGCAGCCUUAUUUUUCUUCUUCCUGUUUUCGGCUCUUGAGAAAAUCCGUAUAGAACGCGGAACGUAAUCGAGAGUAAAGAAAAGCAAAGAAGAGUAAAGGAAGGGUGCCGUUCGCUACGUGUUUCGCGCAGUGUUGUGCCAAGUGCGCCAAGUGCGCGUAUAUACACCCCGAGAAUUGUAAUCGCCGUCGAUAGCCAGGAUCACGCGAAUCCGACGGAGAGCGAAGAAGAGAAAAGAAAGUAGGGAAACUCGUCGCGGGUCGCGGAAAAUCGACAGUGUCGCGUAACGCUCGGCACCGAGUUUUUCCCUUUCGACGAGUAUCUCGCGAAUACGCGUCGUACUCUCGCUAUCGUUGCGUGUUCUUUCGUCUACCACGAUUACCGUCUAUGCUCGACUUCUCACCGCGACCACCUACUAUAUACCGUCUUUCCGCGGUGUCGCGCGUCGCGUAUCCGUCCAAAGGAGCGCACGGCGUGUUUCACGGUGGUGGUACUAGUAGUGAGCUGUGCUGGUGGUGUACGAUCGUCGUAGUAACCUAGUAAUAGCGGUAAUAGUAGUAUCAGAUAGUAUUUUAUUAGUAGCGAUAAUAGUAAUAGCAAUAGCUGUAGAAGACGACGGAAGGGACACGAAGAGAAGAAGAGGGAGAAAGUUGCCAUAACGAGAGGGUACGAAAGGGAAUAGGCGAAAAGUAGAGAGAGCAAGAUUCAAGGCCGAAGAAACGAGUGUAGUGUGUUUGUUCUCGCCGCGAAGAGAUCAAAAGUGCGUAUAAAGUGAGGAAAAGAAAUUGUCGGAAAAACCUGGGGAAAAAAUGGUGCCGCAACAACAAGAUAGUCCCUCUAGUUCGGGAAUUCCCAUGUUCGGAUCGUUGUUGGUGGAUAAAAAUUCGCCUACGCCGUAUUCGGAUGCCACCCAGACGAAGAAGAACAACCCUAAUCAUAUAAAGAGGCCGAUGAACGCGUUCAUGGUCUGGUCGCAGAUCGAGCGGAGAAAAAUCUGCGAGAUUCAGCCCGAUAUGCACAAUGCGGAGAUCAGUAAGCGGCUUGGAAGACGCUGGAAAACGUUGGACGAGGCGGAAAGAAGACCGUUUAUCGAGGAAGCGGAACGACUUCGGCAAUUGCACAUGAUGGAGUAUCCGGAUUACAAGUACAGACCGAGGAAGAAAACGUCGAAACCGACUGCGUCGGCGGCGUCAGUAAGCCCAAAGACGAAGGAAGGGGGUAAGAAGCCGAGGAAAUCGGUUUCCUCGUCCACAGGAGCAAGUCUCUCCGGCGCGAUAUCAGGCAAGAAUCACGCGCGAAACGAUAACAAUAACAAUAUGCAGUCGAGCGGUAGCGCGAAUGGCAGUGGUGGUGGUGGUAGUAGUGUGGUCGGUGGUGGUGCAGCCGUGAAGAGGUUGCAAGCUCAUCAUCACACCGGUGCUACCAAACCCGUGUCGCGUUUCAAAGUCAGGCUGGCAUUGGACAAGAGACCACCUUCCGAUUAUACUCCGGCACCCCCUAUCGCCAAGAUACCGAGCAGUCCUUCGUGCGUUACGCCGGAUUCUCCGGAAUCCGCGAGCUUCUACGAGGAUAAUUUCCUCGAAUGCGGCUCGGCUGCUGCCGCUGCCGCUGCUGCCGCUGCUAGGUUGGCUGCGAUAGCCACCUCCGUUUCUGCUUCCGUGAACGCUGUCGGUAGUAACGCUGGUACCUCGAUUAAAACGGUCGUCGGUGGUAGAAAAAUCAAACGGGAAGCCAGUUUCGAAACGGAUUACGAAACGACGUUCGAGCCGAAAGAUCGGUUGCUAUCCUCGAUCGGAUCCGUUGUUACCUCGAAUCAAGCAGCAGCAGCAGCAGCAGCUGCUGCCACUUUUUCCUCCUCUAUCGAAGAAAUGGAUCUACUAUCGGAAAAGAGCUUUCGUGCUCGAACGCCUUGUCACGAUCAACACCAGCAGCAACAUCAUCAGCAUCAUCAUCAUCAUCAUCGUCAGCAACAGCAACAACAGCAGCAGCAACAGCAGCAUCAAAACCACAAUGGUCACAGUCACGGACAACACGGCCACGAUCACGGCAGUCGUAACAACCAUCAUCAUCACCACCACCACCAUCAUCAUCACCAUCACAAUAAUCAUCAUCGUCAUCACCUGGAACGUCGUUCGAGCUUUUUGACGAAAGAAAAUUCGACGAUUGCGGGGACAACUGGUUCGCCGACAGCCGCGACUACGAUGGUGACCACGGAGACGGGAAGAACGACGAUCCCCGUGAGCAUCGAAGCGGUGAAAACGGAAACGAAAACGGAAACGGAAAUGGAAAUGGAGACGGAAAUGGAAAUGGAAACGGAAACCGAUUCGACACCCGUUACCAGCAGUGGUUGUUGUCCCAGCACCAUCGCGGGCAUCAGGAGUAACGGAAACACGAAUAUUGCCACGACGACGACGACAACGACCACGACCACGGCGACGACCGCGUUGAACGAGUGCUGCACGGACCAGCGACGAAUAUCCUCGAAACGUUCCGCCGUAUUAGUCACUGCCACCACCGGUACGAUUCCUACCCUCGCUGCGCCACCGCCACCGCCACCGCCACCGCCACCGCCCACGAACGACGAUUCGCUGGACGAUAACAUCGCUGUCGCUACCGCAACCACCACCGUUAUUACCGAUAAUCGUAACGUUAUCGGAGACGGAGCGACUAUCGCCGCGACAGUCGUCAAACUCGAGGAACCUUCCAACAAUCCGAGUUUGGCCGAUCUUUACUCGUUGACGGAUCUCUUGCAAAUACAGCCGUCCGACUUUAAGAUCGAUCUCGACAUGGAAACGAUAACUACCGAUCUAGACACCUUCGAAACCGCCAGUUCCAGCAGUGGGUCGCAUUUCGAGUUUUCCUGUACACCGGACGUUACGGACAUGCUGUCUACCAUUGGCGUAGGCGAUUGGGUUACCUUUUGAGGCACUCGAACAGAAGAAACUCUCGCUACUGGCGCGUGUUUUCCUUCGAUACACGCCGCAGAGAAGAGAACCUUUCUCGUUACUCGCCAACUUUGCGCACGCCACCCUUCUUAUCAACCACGCGCUGGCCGAUCGAUUCUCUUUGGAUAACCACGCAUUCUCCCCCCUCCCUGCUUCUUCUCCCAACCUACGAUUUCCACGAUUUCCACGAUUUCCACGAUUUCCACGAUUUCGAAAAUCCACCGCAACGCAUGACGCAACGUCGCCGUUCUUCCUCGAUACGCGCGUGUAUCGCGUGUAUCGCCAUCUUUAUGUACAUCUCUCGUCUCUGUAGUAUUAGAUUUAAGACCUUUCUUUUCCCCUUCUUCCUCCUUCUUCCUCCUUCUUCCUCCUUCUUCCUCCUUCCUCCUCCU